AUGACCCGCAUCAAGCCACGCCGCCCCGACCUCAACUCGUCCUCCGCCUCGACCUUGCCGCGCCGUCCUCUACCUCCACCUCGUCGCACUCCGUCGAGCCUCGCCGGCGAACCCUGCAACGAGGUGAGGACCCCGACCCACUCCGCCUACCCCCUUUCUCUCAUGUCCCCGUCGCUAGCGCCGUCCCUGCCCCCUGUCCGUCGUGACCGCGCUCCCGGCCCGUCCCGCCUGGCCGCUCGCGUGCUCGCACUCGCCCGCGCAAACCGACGCCGCACUCGGUUCAUGCAACAUGCGUGCCCGCCGCGCCCUGCUUCCCCCGGCGCGUUGUGCGUGCGCCGCAUCUGCCCCUCGCUGCUGCCCGCACGCUCUGCUCCGCCUCCCUCUUGCAUCCUAGGCCGCCCCCUAGUCGCAAGCCCGCCCCUCGCUGUUCCCCCCUGCUCGCAGCUAGCUCCCGCCAGCGGCCGUGCUCGCCGAGACCGCCAUGACCGGGGCCCGGCGUGCCCCGCACGCAUCGGCCCUCGGUUCCGCCACUGCUCGCCAGCCGAGCGCCGUAGCCGCAGGCGCCAGGCCGUGCGCCCGCCCCAUACGCCUGUAACCCACUCGCCCGCUAAGCAACCCCCUGUGCAUAUGACAAGUGGGGUCCGCCCCUGA